AUGCAUCAGGUCAGGGCCUACACACCUGGGAGGAAUCUGAAAGGAAGAGAAUAUCCACACAGGUGGACCCUCACAUGUAGUAGUGGGCAGGUAGAGGCACAAUUUAGACAUCCUAGACUCAGGAUCCUGCACAGAGAAGAUAAGCCCCCUUGGGUGCUGGAAGUAUCACUAGGACAGGCAGAAAGACUGGAGAAGAUUAGCUACUACUCAUAUGAAAUGUGUGGGUGCUGCUGCCAACAAUUAGGGAGGAGAGAGCCUUGCAGUGGCAGCUGCCACCUCCCCACACUCCCCAAUCCAAAUGAGGUAAAUAGCCUGGGCCUGCUAACUCCACAACACAACUUGGUACUAGAUCUGGGCAAAGUAUGCCCUGGGAAAAUACAUAGUCUAGCUGAACAAAGACAGACUAGACCUAGACCUAGUGUGCCAUCCAGGUGGGACAGCAAAGGCCAUUGUCAGCACAUGCAUAAGGCAGCAUCACAAGAAUAUACCAUAGCAUAG